UGUCCAUCCCAUAGGCCACAAUAGCAGGAAUCAAGAUGCAGACCAUUCAGACAAUUGAGAUGCAGUUACCUGUCCUUCGAGAGAGUUUCCACUCCUCUCCCUUCAGAGAGAGAGCAAAAGAGCGCAGGAAGAGCAGCCUGUCAAAUCUCAUCAGAAGACAACAGCAACAGUUAUUACGUGAGCAACAGCAGUCAGUAUUACAUCAGAAACAACAGCCAUCCUCGCCCUUACAAGGCCACACUGCACAUGCUCAGUUGGUCCGCUCUUCCAGCAGCCCAUUAUGUGACCUGGCGGAGCAAAUAGGCGAGCUAGAGAAAGUGAGAGGCAUUGGGAGGCAGGGGGAGCUGUCUCACAGACAGUCCUCAGAUACAGCGUCACAGCCAGCAUCAUCACAGCAGCUGCUGCUGGCGGUGAAGAGAGAGAGAGAGGGAUUACUGAGGGAGGGGGAGAAAGUGCAAGGGAGCACUGAGAGGGAGAGAGAGGAGAAGAGAGAACGAGAAAGUCAAUCUGAGCGCACACGUUCCCAGCAUGGCCUGAUCGCUAAAGGUGUUCGCCUUCUGAGGAUCAUGGGAAACCAGGAGGCAAAACAGAAGAAGCCCACUGUCACGACAGGAGCAGAAGGUGAGGGGAACGGAGCAGGCACUGAGGACCAUGUCAAAAAGAUUAAGAAAAGUAAAUCAUCUGCCGAAUCAGGCAAGAAGAAAUCCAAAUCGGAGGGUUCCAAAGGUUCUGUGUUUUCCAACAUCCGCAUCCGUAAGGGCCUCUCCCGGAAAGUGUUGUCCAAAGAGGAUGUACUGGAUGGUGGGAUUAGGAUUAAGCCUGCUGAUGCAAAUGGCAACAGUAAUGGUGGAAUAUCUGGUGAUGAGAGUUGCAUGCCUGACUCUAAGCAACUCACGGCUGAAAGUAGGCAGUCGACUCUGGACACCACUGAAGAUGAUGUUGAAAGAGAGACUGAGGGAUCGGGGUCAGAUACAGACCUCUGCAGCUAUCAUUCAGCUGCCGAGGCUCAAGAUCUGCUGUCGGACAUCCAGAGAACCAUCAGACAGAUGGAGGGAGUUGAUGAGAGGCAAAACUGUCACUCUGAGGACAAGGAGAGACAAGUCGGGUUCGAAGGCCAUGUUGAAGUCACUCACGGUCCUACAAGAGGUAGUCUUGCUUGUGAGGGUGAACCGGAAAAGUUAGAAGGUGCUUCUGACAGCAAAUAUCUCAAUCUGAUAUGUAGUGGGGAUACAACAGGAGGGGUGAUCACAUCAAAAUUAAAGAUAGAAUCAGAUGGGAAAGUUGCUGAUAUUCCAAAUAAAGCUGACCACUUGUCCAGUUUGUCUAGUGACUACAGUAUUCAGGAUGCUGUACCAGAGACAAAUAGUGUCCAGGAUGCAAGAGCUUUUACUCAUUCAACAAGUAACUACAGUUUUCAGGACAAUACAGGAACAUCCACUUCUUACGAGAGUGCUGAAGAGAUCUUGGAGAGUUCAUCUUUAUCUUCUCCUCUUGAAGAGUGUCAUUAUGAUAGCAAUAGUCUGACUCAGAGCCUUGAAGUUGGUCUGAAUUCGAGCAAUCACAUGUCCAAAAUCAACCGGGUCAUUUUUGUUCCACAGAAGAGCAUUAGUAGUGUAGAGCUGAACGUAGAUGGUGAUGGUCCAGUAGAAGAGGUAGACAGGGGUUUUUCCACCCAACCAAGAAGGAAAAGCAGUGCUGCAUCUAUGACACAGUGGUCAUCGGAGAACUUUUUAGGCUCUGGGUCGCGACCUCGUAGAACCUCCAGUGCAAACCUUGGGGUUAAACCUUAUCCCACAAUACAGACUUCUUAUGUUAAAACAACCACCAGACAGCUCACCUCACCCAUAAUAUCUCCAUUCACUACUCCUUCACCAAGCCCUAUGUGUCCUCGCAAGGUUGGCUUAGAGUUUGGAACAGGUCAAGGGCCGUACCGAGCCGGAAGCUGGAGAGCACGAAGGCAGCGAUCCUGUAGCAUUGCAGGUCCAGUGGGCUGCCAUGAGGAAUGGUGUGAGGUCAUACAUGAUCAGUCUGAACUUAUAGAGAGUGGCUUCCAGACUGAUAGAUCCAGGCAAACAACAUCCACUUUUCCAGAUGUGUUUUCAGGUAGCUCUCUAUUGGAGAGGUGUUUCUUACAGUGGAGCUCAUCUGAAGAUGACAGUGCUAUGCAGGACAUCGAGAGAUUCUGUUCUCGUAUUCUGGAUCUGGGGAUUUUACAGCCCUUCAGUGACUGCAUCAGGGAGCCAUCCACAGGAAGUGACGUCACAGAUAAGCCCACUUUCAGUAAGGAUCAACUGUACACCUGGGCUCCAAUGGGUCAGCAUGACAUCAGAACACCUGGGCGGUUGCAAAGAAUUUGGCCUCCGACCCUUACUGCUGCACAGGAUGGAUCCACGGGGCAAUCUGGAAGUGUUCUGGAAGGGUCUUCCGUUUCCAUUCAGGAGCUAGAGCAAACAAUUGAAGAGUUACUUGAGAAAAUAUCAGAAAUAGAAAAAGAUAAUCAUGUUGUGGAUGGAAAACUUGGAAGGAAGGAUCGAGAAGUGGCUGGUUUUAAUCAAACCAUCAAACAGACUAAAGUAAACGGACAACGUGUUCUGCAUCAUGUAAAAGCCAUUCAGACCUCGCCUGUUGAGGAAGCCUUCAAAUUUCCAGUGCCUUUAUCACACCAAUCACAGACUCCCAAAUUAAGUGACAGUGCCACUUCACCAAUGGGAUUACCCUAUACCUGUAGCUGCCAAAGAACCACUUCUCAACCACUAUCAACACCACCACCCCCUCAACUCCCUCCUCCCCCACCACUUCCAGGUAUGACUCUACCAAAACCCACAGGUGUGAUCCCACCUCCACCUCCUCUGCCAGGUUUUGUUCCGCCACCUCCAGUUGUUGGCAAAGCUCCACCCCCUCCUCCACUCCCAGGCAUGGUCCCACCUCCUCCACCUCCACUUCCAGGUAUGGCCCCACCUCCUCCACCUCCACUCCCAGGCAUGACGCCACCCCCUCCUCCCCCUCCUCCUGGCUGUGGACCUCCAGCGCCCCCUCUUCCACCUGGAAUUGGACCUCCACCACCCUUCAUGGGUAUGGGGCCUCCAGGCAUGGCCCAUGAGUCUGUCCCCCUGAAGGCUGUCAUUGAGCCUCCACGACCAAUGAAACCACUCUACUGGACCCGGAUUCAGCUUCAUGCCAAAAAGGAUGCCAAAAGUGCUUUGGUGUGGGAGAAUGUUCAAGAGCCAUCAGUAGACUUUGACGAAUUUGUGGAAAUGUUUGCCAAAAGUGCAGUCAAGGAAAAGAAGAAACCUAUCUCAGAUACAAUAACCAAAUCGAAGGCCAAACAGGUAGUCAAGCUUCUGAGUAACAAACGUUCUCAAGCGGUGGGGAUUCUGAUGUCCAGUCUUCAUUUAGAUAUGAAAGACAUUCAGAAUGCCAUCUUGAACAUGGACUGCACAGUGGUGGAUCUGGAGACGCUCCAGGCUCUGUAUGAAAACAGAGCUCAGAAAGAGGAGAUGGACCAGAUCGAGAAACAUGUCAAGUCUUCCAAAGACAAAGAAAAACCAAAACCACUGGACAAGCCUGAACAGUUUCUGCUGCAGCUGUCAGAGGUUCCUCAGUUCUCAGGGCGGGUUUUUUGUAUUCUCUUCCAGUCCACCUUCACAGAGUGUGUUACAUCAGUUCAGCGCAAGCUAGAAACCCUUGGGAGAGUCUGUACGGCUCUACAAUCAGGCCAAGCUGUCCUGCAGAUCCUAGGUUUGGUUCUAGCUUUUGGGAACAUCAUGAAUGGGGGCAACCGGAGCAGAGGACAGGCAGACGGAUUUUCCCUUGACAUCUUGCCCAAAUUAAAAGAUGUCAAGAGCAGUGAUAAUUCUCAGAGCCUCCUGUCCUACAUAGUUGCUUACUAUCUGCGACACUUUGAUGAGGAUGCAGGUAAAGAAACGUGCACGUAUCCACUUCCAGAACCUCAGGAUCUAUUUCAGGCAUCGCAGAUGAAGUUUGAAGAUUUUCAACGUGACCUCCGCAAGCUACGGAAAGAUCUAAAUGCCUGUUCAGCAGAAAGAGAAAAGGUGUGUAAUAUCUCAUCUGAUGAGCACCUGCAGCCCUUUAAGGACAAAAUGGAUGAUUUUCUAACUAAAGCCAAAACAGAGCUGGAGCUCCAGGAAAAACAGCUCACUGACACGCAGAGGAUUUUUCUGGAGCUGAGCGUGUUUUUCUCGGUCAAGCCUAAGGCGGGAGAGAAAGAGGUUUCACCGAACACAUUCUUCACAGUGUGGCAUGAGUUUUCAUCAGAUUUCAAGGAGCUGUGGAAGAGAGAGAAUAAAAGCCUCCUGCAGGAGCGGUUGAAAGCUGCAGAAGAGACUUUCAAACAAGCACGAGAGAAGGCUACCUACAACGUUAAACCUAAACAAGCAUCAGGAAUCAAAGCUAAGCUGGGCCAGAAGAUGUGAAAUUCUGCUAAACCGAAUCCCUCAAGACUCGUUUAUGUGUCUGUUUGUUCUUUCUUUUUUUUAAAUAAUAAGUUACUUCAGCGUAAACUUAAUAGCCGUGAGAUUAAAUGUUUAAUGUUAUUGUAUGAUUGGAAUACAUUUGUCAUUUCUGUAUUUUUUAAUAUUGACAAUCCAAGCUUGAAGUGCCCAUAAAGUUCAGAAACUUUA